UCCUUAAAAUUAUUGACAGAAAAAAUGGCGACGACCUGACGUUCAAAUAAUUUAGAAAUUGUCUCAUGUGAUUGAUUGGUUUUAUGAGGUUGGGUGAUAACGAUCGUUGUUUUAUUUUAUUUAUUUAAUUUUACCCUUUCUUAUGAUGAUUGAAGGUCGAGCAAAUGAACUACCCGAUUUCCAGGUUUUUCGAACAGUUAUCAAAUACUGUUUGGUGAUCAUAAUAGUACCCGUCCUGGCGUUCUUCUCCGUGAAGGUGGUUCUUUUCGAUGGACUAUUACGACUAGAACCAGUUACUAGCAGUGUGUAUUCCGCAGUUAUAGCGGUUAUCGUUCUGCAUGUCACGUUAGGGUUGUACAUUUAUAAGGCGUACAGUGAAACUGAUAAACCGUCUAAACCUGUGAAGAAAGAUUAAUUAAAUUACACUUUAUUGUAUAAGCCAUUACCAUGGAUAACUUAUACAUGAAAGGUGAACUGUUACAAGUUCACACAAAGAAUUCUGAAGUUAUUGAAGGCAGGUUUUACAGCAUGAACAGUGACAAAUCCAAAAUUUCUCUCUACAACAUAAAAGAAGAUGAAGGGAUCAAAUGUGAAGGGGUGUGUCAUUACUACAACUCAGAAAUCAGAGACAUAGUCAAACUGAAGGAAGAUGAUCAGCCAAAACAUCUGAAAAUCUCACAGAAAGAAUGCGAAGAUAUAAUAAAGGUUGCAAAGAAGUAUAUUUACAUAAACCAAGUUGAUAAUAGUUUCCAUGAGGCUAUGGAUGACUUGCUGUCAUACGAUUAUAUCGGACUCAGCACUGACGGUGCCAACAUGGGACGCAAAUGCAAAAUGCCUUUCGUGGUGUUGUCAACUCCACAACAAAUCUACAUAUUUGACACACAAGUGAUGCAGUAUCACGCGUUUGAUGCCGGAUUAAAAAAAAUGCUUGAAGGCAAGAGUCCUAAAAAGAUUGUUCAUGAUUGCAGAAAGAUAUCAGAUAGUUUGUAUCAUAAGCACAAUGUGAAACUGAAUUCUGUAUUUGACACUCAGGUGGGAGACUUGAUUAUAUCAAAAAAUAAGAAUGGCUGCUUGCCAAAUACAGUGAAAUCAUUAUCAGAAUGUUUGACUACUUACCUUGGUCUCCAGCCUAGUAUCAUUGAAGAGAAGCUUGACAUAGUGCAAUGCACUGAGCGACCACUCUCCGUGAAGAUCAAGGAAACUCUUGCAAAGAAUAUAUCCUAUUUGCAUCGUCUCUCAGAAAUGAUAAAUGAUGAAAUGGCUCUCCCAUUCAUCAGAGGGGUUGAAUGCUUCGUAGAAAACCUACGUUCCUCUGACGAUUUUAAAGCAUGGGAGCUUUGUGGAAAACAUAAUCAAGUACCAAAAGAUUUCAAAAGCGCUAUUGAGUAUUAAUUUAUUUUGUGUAAGACAUUCCGUGGAAUAAAAUGUAAUGUAGAAUUAGUUUUAUUUUUAUUUUGCUCCUUUUUUUCUACCGCUUUUUCAAAGUAGUAACUUCAGUAGAUUUAAACUGUUUGAUGCAAGUAAAUUGUGUGAUUCAAGCUUGUAGUUUUAAGAAUGCUAUACAUUGCAAGCUCUUGUGGCAAUUACUGGAGGCUCUGGAUCAUCUACGCAAUGGGAAGUACUACUUAGUGGCCAAAUGGAAACAUUGUUAAUGCAUAAGUUUGUCCACACAAUGGCUCUUGAUGACUUUGAAUCUUGUGAGAUUUAUUUGUAACAAUUCAAAGAUAAUAUGAAUUAAAGGUAACAAUUAUUACUUUGUUGUCAGUAGUAGUCUUGGACUUGUGCAGAUUACCCGUUGCUCAUUGUGUAGA